GCCGGCUUUUUGUUUUUAUUGAGAAUGCUUACAUGAAUCGAGUGUUUCUUCACUUCAUAUUCAGUUAGAAUAAACCCUCCUGUCAUAUAUAGUCUUUGUUUAAUUUCACUUCAUUAAUUUUAACGCCUUUGACUAAGGUUUUAGCAACCAUGGAAAUCUUUCAAGCCACAGCGGACAAGAUGAGGAUGAGUUCCAAAAGAUUUGCAACACUCUUUGUUGUAUUCUUCAUAUCAUUUCCUGUUUUUCUCAUUGUUUCUUCAAUAUACCGAAACUCAAGUUAUUAUGCUAUUUUUGAGGGGUUAUCCAAAGGCAGGGAAGCCGGAGAAUCAGCUCAAAACGUUACAAUCAAUAGAUUUCCAUUGGAAGGAGCAGUCCACAAUACAUCAGAAGAGAACUUAGUGUCGGAGCAUGUUAAGGUGCUGCCAGGAAUUUUUCAAAAUAGUUCAGAAGAAACGACAACGACUAACAAUAGUAUUGCAUCAAGAGUAGGCCCGAAAAAUGUUUCUUUGACUAGUUCAACAACUGAGUCAACUCCAGAUCUUGAAGACAAAGACAAAUUGCUAGGUGGACUUUUAACCACCGGAUUUGAUGAAGCAUCAUGCAUAAGUAGGAUGCAGUCCCAAUUGUACCGCAAAGCUUCUCCUCAUAAACCUUCUCCAUAUUUGAUAUCUAAACUACGUAACUAUGAAGAUAUUCACAGAAGGUGCGGACCUAAUAGUAGAGCUUACGACAGAAGCAUGAGAAAGAUUGUACGCUCAAAGAACAAAGGUGCUGUAGCUACAUUGUGUAAGUACCUUAUCUGGACACCUGCUAAUGGUUUGGGGAAUCAAAUGAUUAGCAUGGCUGCAACAUUUCUUUAUGCUAUGCUCACUGAUCGAGUGAUGCUUGUAAAAUUUGACAAAGACAAGCAGGGCCUAUUUUGCGAGCCGUUUCUCAAUUCAACUUGGGUAUUGCCUGAGAAGUCUCCUUUCUGGAAUGAAAAGCAUAUAGAAACAUAUCAGAUCAUGCUAGAGAAGGAUAGGAAUAGGACUAGCAAUUCAAAGGAUGAUUUACCAUCAGUUCUGUUUAUUAAUCUACAGCACACCCUCACUGAGCCUGAGAAAUUUUUUCACUGUGACCAUAGUCAAUAUCUUCUUCGGAAAGUUCCUUUGUUGAUUUUGCAGUCUGAUCAAUACUUUGUGCCGUCUCUGUUCAUGAACCCAUUUUUCAACCAGGAGGUUACCAAAAUGUUUCCAGAGAAAGACACAGUUUUCCACCAUUUGGGGCGUUACCUUUUUCACCCUUCAAACGAGGCAUGGAAACUGAUCAGCGAUUACUAUCAGGAACACUUGGCCAAGGCAGAUAAACGGAUAGGCUUACAGAUUAGAGUAUUUAGUCCCGUUUCUACUCCACAACAAACAGUCAUGGAUCUAGUUUUAAGCUGCACGUUGAAGCAUAAGAUACUGCCACAAGUGGAUUUGCAAACUUCAGCCGGAAAAAAUCAUAGUGUAAAGGCAGUUCUUGUGGCAUCUUUACAUAGAGAGUAUGGAGAUAAUUUACGGAGUAUGUAUCUGAAGAAAGCAACAGUUAGUGGGGAAGUCAUAGAAGUUUAUCAGCCAAGUCACGAAGAGCAUCAAAAGUUUAAUGAUAAUAAGCAUAAUCUAAAAGCUUGGAUAGACAUGUAUCUAAUAAGUUUAUCUGAGGAGUUAGUGACUACCUCUCUCUCUACUUUUGGCUACGUUGCUCAGGGAUUGGGGAAUUUGAAACCGUGGCUUCUUUACAGGCUAGUCAACAAUGACACCCAUUUUCCAUCCUGUGAACGAGAUUUCUCAUCGGAGCCUUGUUAUCAUGUUCCUCCCAAGCAUUACUGCAACGGAAAACCUAUCAAAGAUGUUUCUUCUUUCCCCUAUUUGAGGGAGUGCAAGGAUUAUUGUUAUGGUCUGAAGCUGGUUAACAGUACGUAGUUGCCGUAAUUGUUUUCAUUUUUUGUAAAAAUUUUGUUGUUGA